AUGCAUUCUACAAGACAUGAAGAAUCUGGCUUAGAUCCACUAUCUCCAAGCGCUCGAUUCGGCCGAAAAAGCCAAUGUCCCUCCGCACUCAAAGGAGUGCUUGGGAAUCGUGGUCGUUACGAGGCUGCUGCAAAGACAGUCAGUGACGCUUGGCGUGGCUAUCUAGCUGGUGGUCAUUAUAUUGAAGCUGUCGGUGCUGCUCAUCGUACUGGAAGAGCAUUUAAAGCUGCUGGAGACUUGACUGACGCUGAAGCCGCUUACGCUUGGAGUGUAGAGGCAUGUCUGCGUCUCGUAGAAUCGCACCCUGAAGAUGAUGCCACAUCCCAAUCUGAACGUACCAAUAUCUCAACCAAUCACAAAUCUCCUUUCAAACCUCAAUUGGCUGACUGGGUAACUUCUACUGACUUGUCGACAUCCCUCGAUUUAUUGGCCAACUUAUACGCUGCCACUUCUCGCCCGCAACUCGCUAUAGCACUCUAUACUCGGAUAAUGACUAUUAUAGAUACCUCUGAAAAGUGCAAAAGAGCAGUCUUGCAAAACAAUCUUGCUGAAUCCUAUGUUGCUAUUGGUCGAAUUGAUGAUGCAGUGAGGUUUGCAGAGAAUGCCAUCAAGGACGCCUCAAAUGCUGGUAAAGAAUGUGUAGAAUGCUUGGCUGUAGCUACUUUCAAGUAA